UGGCAGCACUGCCAACAGCUGAUUCGGCUACUAAAAUUAUGUUAGGCCUUCAAAUUGCGUUAAGAAAAUGCCGUGCGGCUCAAAGAGGAUGCAUCAGGAAAAUCUCCGCUCUGUACAUAACCGGCGACAAGGCGAACGAAAACUACGCGACAUUGCACCCGUAUUUGGACUUUGCGGGAACCUUUGAUGAGCGCGCCUCCCUGGAGCAGAGCAUCGCCAGCCGUGGCCUGGACAUCAGUCUGGACAGUGUGCUUCGCAAGUACCAAAAGUACCAGACACACCAUGAGCAACUCCAGCGGGUGAUGGGGGAACGCGAAGCAGUCACAAAAAAACUCAAGGACCUAGCCAAAAAAGGAGACAGGGAGCAGCAGAUUGAAGAGCUCAAAGAGCGGGGAAAAACGUUGCGCAACGAUUUGAAAGCCCUCAAACAGGCACUUUAUCCCAUCGAGGAUGAGUUUAUACACGAUUUCUUGCAUUUACCCAAUCGCUUGCAUCCCCAGUGUCCCACUGGAGACCAGGAGGGACUGCUGAUCUAUCGUCAUAGCCUGCCGGACAGCACCAGAGACGUACCAUCCCAUUUGGAGCGGCAAGAUCUCAUAAACUUUGUGGACAACAAUCGCUAUUACAUGAUGGGGCAGGCAGCGCAUUUUGAUGUCAAUGCUAUGCAUGCGCUGGCCCGCUAUUUCGUCACCCAAGGCGACUUUGUUCAGACCGCAAAUCCGGACUUUGUGCGCUGUGUUCUCCUGGAGGCCAACGCCACUCCUUUGGGAGACUAUCACAUGGUCAGAGAGGAGCAGCUGCAAAACAAGAUAAAUACAGCUUACCUGACUGGCGGUGCCGCCUUCGAGAGCUAUCUGGGUGCCAUGACCAAGCUGUGCGUCUAUCCCUCCGUGUUGCCCCUGCGCUAUGUCUGCUGUGGACGCAGCUACAAUCGCGCCGAUGCCCAGCAAAACGGACCCACCCCCAGUCUAUAUACGGCCACCCAAACGAAUGCUGUGCAAAGCUUUGUGGCCACCCAAUCGGCUGACCAAGCGAACGCUCAGCUUGAGCACAUACUAAGUCUGGCCAUCGACUUCUACAAGGCCCUGGACCUGCCCUUUCGCAUUGUGUAUGCGCCAGCGGCGGCCCUAACGCCGUCUGAAAGUCUGCGUGCGGUCAUCGAGGUGUAUGCCCCGUCGCUUCAACGCUACGUCUGUGUGGGACGAAUCAGUAACUACGGCGACUUUGUGUCCAAACGCAUUCUGUUUAGUACGCGGCGCGAAAAGCACUACGAUUUUUUGCAUUUAGUUGGUGGACCCGUGCUGUAUACCACGCGACUGAUAGCGGCACUGCUGGAGCACAACAAACGCCUGGAGGAUUGCAAAUUGUUAGGUGCCACCACCACCGGUAGGAAAUGCACAAUGGAGCAGGAUCUGCAGCAGUUCAAGGACCUCUUCACAUAGACAGAGACGCGAAUCUUUGUUCCGAUUUGUGUAUGUGGUUUGUAGUGUGGUGUGGUGUGGCAUGUGGUGGUUCUUAGGUCUAACAAUAAGUAAAAAGUUAAGUUUUACAUACAAUUAUUUA